GGCUGUUGCGCUUUUUAUUGGUUGAACCACCGUCCCGGCAAUAUCACUACUGUUUGAAUCCGGUCACUUGUAGUAAAAAUUUUGCGCAAUAUUAAGUUAUGGAGACCAAACAUGUUUUGUACGAGAAUGACCGAUACUACCAGCUAUCACAUAGCGAUUUGUGCAAGAGGAUUUUAGAGCAUGAGCGGAUUAUUCGUCAUAUACAACGACGUUCUGGAGAUCCAAGCAGAACCGCCCAUCUUCGAUUCAGUCUUGACUGUCUCUAUUUUGAGCUUCACCGCAGAAUGUUCCAGAAUUGCAUGAUUCAGAUGAACUCCGUACACAAGGUAAAAGAUUGGUUACGACAAUGCAAUCCAGAUGCAAGAUGUGAUUGCUGCAAACCUGAGUACUAUGAGUUUAAAUACGAUAACGUCAGAAUUAUGAACGGCACUUUGAAACCAUCUAGGUUCACAACUUAUAUCACUUUUGCCGACUCUUUCUCAGAUGGAAAAUGCUUUCAUGUGAGGGAAAUUGAAUAUGUGGAAGACACUAAUGCCGAACUCGAUUUAUCCGUAACCGAUGCUGCAACACUUGCUUUAACGACUCCUUCUUCGCAUUAUACUACUGCUCGGAACAGUGAAGUUGCCAUUGAACCGACUAUUAUCAAUUUAACCGUAGAAGUAUUUUAUCAGUUAGACGAGAUGUAAUGCAAGUUGAUGCUCAGCUCAAAAUUCAAAUACCAUUAUCAUCCGAUGGUGUCUUAUCGACCCCCGUAAUUCAUGCGUGCGACCAUAGUUCUGGAUUUACCAAUUUAUUAUUUUUUAUUUUUUGUAUUUUAUUGCAAUAUAGACAGCUACCAAAUAUCCACGAAUAAAUAGGUUUCGAAAGUAAAAUCAUUACCAUGAAAAAAAAACUACGAUUCGUUGAUCUUAAAAUACAAAUGUUUGGUAUACCUAUAUACAUAUGUGGUAUAUUUAUAUAAGUAUAUAAUUUUUUUUCCUUGUAUAGAUUUUUUUCAGCCUAUUAAAAUUCAUGGGGAGCGCAAAAUUUAUUUUUGUGUAUGUACAUAUAUUUUAAUUAUUUUAUUAACGCACUUUAAAUUCGUCACAAUCUUCGGUUUUGAUAGACUAUUGUAAUCUAAAUAUGCAUGUAUCGUGUUUCGUCACAAAAUAGCACUUAACUAACUAAUUGGUGAUUUAUCAAAAAUAUUUUUAACGUGGAAACUGAAGUUAACAGAAUUGAUAGAGCUUCUAUUUAAAAAAAUUGAUAAUACUCUUUUUUGACUGUUACAUCUGUGAUUACUUUUAAAAUGUACCUUUUAUACGAAACUUAAUACACGACUGUGACUAUUAUACACAUACUGUGAUUUUGUUUGGCAUAAUUUUAUAAGUUUUAUUAGCAGUAUUAUAGCAUUUUAUUCACUAAAACUAGUAUUAGGCAACAUUUUUUAUACAUAAAAAAUAAAGUAUCAUAAUGUA